AUGAAUACCAAAGCUAGAAUCGAUCUUCUCCUAAUCGGGAAAACUGGAAAUGGUAAAAGUGCAACAGGAAACAGCAUCGUACGAAAAAAGAAAUUUGCAAGCGGCCCUAGUACAUCAUCGUUAACCCAAAACAUUGACAUCGCGAUGACAGAAUACAACGGUCGUCAGAUAAACGUCGUGGAUGGUCUGACAAUUUGUGAUACCAGACUGGACGAUGAGGGGUCAGUUGAGAAGUUAAACGAGGCCGCUAAGUUGGCUCUGGCAGUCAAUCCUGAAGGCUAUCCUGCUUUUCUUCUGGUCCUUAAAUACGGCAAUAGGUUUACACGUGAAGAACAGGAGACUGUUGUUUUGUUAAAGAAAAUAUUCGGAGAUGAUUUUGUUCGUAAUUUUUUUAUUUUAAUCUUGACAUGCGGAGAUGUUUUUCAUCAAGAUCAGGAGGAAACAGAUCAAGUAGGAUUGGUAUUCUAA